GCUAAUCUUACCAACUCUCCUGCUGACAUUGACCCUUAAAGAUUAAUCAACAUGAAGAGUUUACUAUUAAUAAUAAUUGUCGGUUUUCAAUGCAGAGGAAUUUUUGCUGGGCAAUUCCAAGAAGGUUUUCGGUACUACAACGUAGGAGUACUUAUGGCUUCCAAUUUGAAUUAUCCAUUUGAUCUGGAAAGAUGCGGUCCAGCUGUAGAUAUGGCUCUGGAGGAAGUUAACGAAAAAUUUCUGGCACACCACAAAAUUAAGUUACUAAAAGUGCAAAAAAGCUAUCCCUCGUGCAGCGGUGUUUUAGCUCCGGGAUUGGCCGCCGAUAUGCACUUCCUGUCUGACGUAAUCGCCUUUAUUGGUCCCGCCUGUUUAUUUGCCCUGGAACCUGUGGCUAGACUGGCUGCAUAUUGGAACACACCUAUCAUCACAGGAAUGGGUGACCAGCCACCUACAGAAGGAGAAUUAUCGGUUACUUCGAGGAUAUUAGGAAGAUACAAUCCAAAUAAUAAAAGUGACAGUCCAGGAAUUUUAAAAGACAAAAGUAAAUACCCAACGUUGACAAGAAUGUCCUACUGCCAAUGUCGACUGAAGAAGGUUUUCGCCAGCAUUUUCAAACAGUUCAAUUGGAAACAUAUCGCACUUAUUUUGGAUAGAUCCGAUUUAUUCUCGCUCACCGUUGGUAAAAAUUUAGAACAUGGACUGAAACAAGAAGGCAUACUUUCCUUCGUUAGAGAACUGGAUGGUAACGAGAACUACUCGAUUGGAAAUUACUUGCGAGACGCCAGCAUGUAUGCACGAGUGGUUAUAUUGAGCGUGAGAGGGUCCUUGGUACGGAAAUUCAUGUUAGCUGCUCACUCGCUCGGAAUGACGAAAGGCGAUUGGACAUUUCUGGAUGUAGAAAUAUUUCAGGGUUCGUACUGGGGCGAUCACGACUGGAAGGCCGACGAUGAAGAAGAUGGAGCAGCCAGGAAAGCUUAUGAGGCCCUUCUAAGGGUGUCCCUUUUGCAACCCACCAGCGACAAGUUCCAGGACUUCGCGGACAAGGUCAAGGAGAUCUCGAAAAGGGACUACAACUACACGAUCAGCGAUGGCGAAGAGGUGAACUUUGUCAUAGGAGCCUUCUACGAUGGGGUUUACCUGUUAGGAAUGGCUCUGAAUGAAACAGUGAACGAUGGAGGGAAUAUUAGAGACGGUGUUAGAAUUACAGCUCGUAUGUGGGAUAGACACUUUUUAGGUAUAACCGGCCAUGUACGUAUUGACGACAAUGGUGACAGAGAUGCCGACUAUUCCAUUCUGGAUUUGGAUCCAAUAACUGGAAAAUUUGAGGUUGUAGGGCAUUACAAUGGACUGGAUAAGCAUUACACUCCGCUGCGUGGAAAGCGAAUCCAUUGGCCCGGUGGUCAAGAAGGUCCCCCCGCGGACAUCCCAAGGUGCGGGUUUCUGGGUGACAAUCCCGAAUGUAGGGACAAAGAAGCAUAUAUGGUCAUAAUUUAUGGAUUAUUUGCCUUUGGUUUAUUUCUCGCAUUUACUUCCACACUAAUCUGCGUAACAUAUAAACACAUGAAAACGUCGGCUGAUCUAAACAACAUGUCGUGGAGAAUUCGACCUGAAGAAGUAAUUCUAGAACCAGGAAGACCUUUCGGAUCUAAGCUUGCCGUGCAAAAACUCGCAGAGACGUAUGGUUUAACAAGCUGUAGAGGCUCUAUAACGUCGAAUACGUCGUUGCCUUCAACUAAAAUAUAUACAACGGUGGGAGUCUACAAAGGGAGUAGAGUGGCUAUAAAGAGAAUAACCAAGAAGAAAAUUGAUAUCAACAAAAAACUACUAUGGGAAAUAAAACAGGUUCGAGACGUCACGCAUGAGAAUACUGUCAGAUUUUUGGGAGCUUGUAUUGAAUGUCCUACUAUUCUUAUUCUCACUGAGUAUUGUUCAAGAGGCAGCCUAAGAGACGUGUUGGAAAACGAAGACAUACACUUGGAUUGGAAUUUUAGGAUGUCUUUGAUAUACGACAUAGUAAAGGGCAUGAGCUAUUUACACAGCUGUGACAUUUCUUUUCAUGGAAAACUGAGAUCAUGCAAUUGUCUGAUCGAUGGAAGAUUCGUUCUGAAGAUUUCUGAUUUUGGUUUAACAUCCUUGAGUACGCCUAUGGAUGUGAUAAAGGACGCAAGCUACUACAACAAAAUGCUAUGGGUGGCUCCUGAAUUACUACCUUUGACGCUAGUCCCUGGCAAUCCGGCAACACAGAAAGGAGACGUCUACAGCUUUGCCAUAAUUCUGGAAGAAAUUAUUGUACGGGGUGGGCCGUAUGAUGCUGCCAGAAGAUAUUUAGAAGUUGAAGAAAUAAUAGCACGCGUGGCCAGUAGGGAAAACCCACCGUUUCGUCCAGCGGUCAGUCAAAGAGACUGUCCCGAAGAAUUGCUGGAACUGAUGGAACGUUGCUGGAACGAUAAUCCAGAGGAAAGGCCCACGUUCGAUUCGAUACGAGGAAAUCUAAAAAGUAUUAUGAAGGGUUACUGCGAAAACUUAAUGGACGAUUUGUUACGACGAAUGGAGCAAUACGCGAACAAUUUAGAAGUUUUGGUGAGCGAAAAAACAGAAGAGUUGAGCCAAGAGAAACGCAGAUCGGAAGAAUUGCUUUAUCAGAUCUUACCUCGACCCGUAGCUCAACAGUUGAUGCUUGGAGAGUUAGUUCAACCGGAACAAUUUGAAAGUGUUACUAUAUAUUUUAGUGACAUUGUUGGAUUCACUGCACUUUGCGCUAACAGUACACCCAUGCAGGUAGUGGACUUUUUAAACGACCUGUAUAGCACAUUUGACCGAAUAAUUGGAUUCUAUGACGUUUAUAAGGUGGAAACUAUUGGAGACGCUUACAUGGUAGUAUCUGGACUACCAGAAAGAAACGCCAACAACCAUGCCAGAGAAAUAGGUCUCAUGGCAUUAGCCAUACUGGAUGCUGUGAGAAAUUUUACCAUAGCCCACCAACCAGACAGACUUCUACAGCUAAGAGCAGGAAUACAUUCUGGAUCAGUGUGUGCAGGCGUGGUGGGCCAAAAAAUGCCCCAUUACUGCUUGUUCGGAGAUACAGUCAAUACAGCUAGCCGAAUGGAGAGUACAGGACAACCCCUCAAAAUUCACGUGAGCGAAGCUACCAAAAGUUUAUUCGACACAUUCGGUACCUUCAAUAUGGAACUCAGAGGAGAGGUGGAACUAAAAGGCAAGGGUUUUGUAACAACCUACUGGCUUUUAGGAUGCUCAGACACCGAUCCUAGACCUCCCACUCCCAGAGUAUCCAGCAACGUCGAACUGGAUAACAGUAAUCCAUAUCCUUUAGUUUUUAUGGGAUAAAAAGUAACCUAUGUGUAUGAAUAUUUUUUUAAUAUGAAGUCAAUAGCCGUCAGAAGUAUUCUUAUUCUUUUAUAAAUCACAUAUGAAGUACAAAAAUGAAAACAAAUUAGUAUUUAUAUAAGUAGAACAAAACAAGUUUUAGAUCAAUUUUUAUCAAAGUACAUAUUAAAUUAUACAUGUCAAAUAGUGCCAAAAUGAAUACUAUUAUUAUUAGGAAGAUUAAAAGAGAUGUUUUAAAAUUUAUAAAAAUAAUACAAAACUAGAAAGUAGACAGCUUUAUCGAUAUAUUUAUAUUAAGCUAUCAUGAUACGAUUUUAGAUAAUGAUUCAAUGUCUGUGAUUAUAAGUACAUAUAUUUUUUUAG